CCGCCCUUGCGCCUCAGCUCGCUCCUGCUCAGCACCACCAUCGAGGGCGGCUCGGGGCUGGGCGAGUCCCGCUCGCCGCAGCGGCUGUCGCUGCUGGGCACCGGCGAGGAGGUGCCUGAGUGGUUCCGACCAAAAGGCUCGGCUGGGAGCUGUGAGCUCGAGCCGGGGCUGCGGGGGUCCGGCCGUGUUCUGAGGUCGGCGGUGCAGGAACCCUGCCGGGCACAAACUUCCCCGUCCCCAAGCACUCCCCAGGAAGUGCUGCCACCCUUUGAGGGUGAGCCACAGCCCCCUCUGCCCUGUGACAGUGGCUCUUGUGAGGAACCCUGUAAGGUUCCAUCUCAUCUCACAAGAGAUUCGGCAAAAAGAAGCUCGAGCUGUCACCAAGAUCUAGCCAAGGAGUUCCAGCUUGUACCAGUGGUGGUCCUGGACCCUCUGGAAGUGUCAUUAAGAUUGAAGAACAUGAAACUCAACAAGCAGGCUGAUGUUCAACCUGCCUGCCUGCAGCCAGGAUCUCCCGUGGGCCGCCAAGGAAUCUUGGAGAGCAAACACAAAAGGACCAAGGGUGCCCCUGGGGAGGGCAGCACCUGCAGGAAAGCUUGUAUCAGUGGCUUCAGCGCCAGCCGCUGGGGCAGGCACACCAGGUUCCGGCCAAAAAGGCACAAGAAGAGACAGCAGCCCAAUAACUCCUUUAUUGGACUCCGGACUAGGCGAAAACAAACUCAGAAGAGAGCUCUGGAGAUGUCUGUAGGUGUCAGAGACAAUGACUAUUCACUCCUCAAUAGCUCUUAUUCCUGGGCUAGAGUUCGAGCAUCUCUGUCCUUCCAUAAAAAGAAGAAAGUGACCACAGAUGAGAGUUUCUGCAGCAGCAUCCUCUGCACCCCUUCAGGGAAAUCCCAGCUUUUGGGACAAGCCAGCCUGUCUGCUGGCAAAGCUCAGGGCUGCUCCUCGUUGGUUUCCUCCAUGGUCCUGCUGGCUCCCAGGGAUUCCUCCUCUGUCCUGGAGCUGCUGCUUACAGAUGCAGAGAAGGUGUUUGGAGAAUGCAACCAGGAGGGGCCUAUUGCUUUUGAGGAAUGCAUUCCUUUAAAUAAGAUGAAAGAUUGCAAGAAAAUUGGAGAAGGGGUGUUUGGAGAGGUGUUCCAGAUUGACAGUGAGAGAGGACCUGUGGCCUUAAAAAUAAUUCCCAUUGAGGGGACUAAAAAAAUAAAUGGUGAAGCUCAGAAGAGCUUUGGGGAGAUUCUGCCUGAGGUAAUAAUUUCAAAAGAGCUCAGUCUUCUGUCUGAGGGCUGUGUGAACCGAACUGUGGGGUUCAUCAGCCUCUACUCUGUGCACUGUGUCCAAGGGACCUAUCCCAGGUAUCUUCUGGAAGUCUGGGACAAAUUCCACAAAGAAAGAGGCUCAGAAAAUGACCGGCCAGACUUUUUUGAGGCCCAGCAGCUCUUCAUGGUGCUGGAGUUUGAAUUUGGAGGCAGGGACUUGGAGUGCAUGAGGAGCAGCUUCUCCUCGGUGGCAUCAGCCAGGAGCAUUUUGCACCAGGUCACCGCGUCCCUGGCGGUGGCAGAGCAGGAGCUGCACUUUGAGCACAGGGACCUGCACUGGGGGAAUGUGCUGGUCAUAAGAACAGACAUGAAAGAGCUUCAGUAUGUGCUGAAUGGAGAAACACACUCCAUCCCCACAGCUGGGAUCCAUGUCAACAUCAUCGACUACACCCUGUCCCGGCUGGAGAAGGAUGGGCUGACCGUGUUCUGUGACCUCUCCACAGAUGAGGAGCUCUUCCAAGGUGCUGGGGACCACCAGUUUGACAUCUACAGGCAGAUGAAAGAGGAGAACUCCAACAGCUGGACUGGCUACAACCCACACAGCAACGUCCUCUGGCUGCACUACCUGGCUGAUAAACUUUUGAAAGCCAUGAACUACAAGAAGAAGGCAUCAACUCCUGCCCUGAAGAAAAUCAAGAUGCAGCUCAACAAGUUCCACAAGGAAGUGCUGACCUUUGGGUCUGCCCAUGAUGUUCUGCGCCACAGCAGCCUCUUCCAGUGAGCAGCAAGCCACUGGUGCUGCCUUUCUCCUCUGUUUUUUGUAUGUGUUGGCACAAUGAAGUGUUUUGAUUGGUUCCCAGUGUGUUUAAUACAUUAUCAAAAAUAUCCUAAAAAAUCCCGCCCCGGUGUCUUCUGCUCUGUUUCCUUAGCUACUGGUUCUGGGGGAUGUCGCAGGGAAGAAAACAGAGCUGACUUUGGAAAAAGGAGGGGAAAAAAGACUUCUUCAGGCUCAGUUAAUGCCCUGAAUUUCACAUAAAUUUUUUUUACCAUUUUAGCUUUAGAUUAUUAAAAGUUCUUUUCUUACUGUAUUGUCUUUUUUACAGAUUCUUUUUUUAAAAGGUAAAAACCCUUCAGUUCUGGACAGUGAGGACAAGAGUUAAAUAUUGUUGGCUCAUUGGAGACAGAGGGGAAAACCCAUCCUUUUAUUUAAUUUUGGCAACAUUUAUACCUGUAAUGAAGGUACAAAAUGUAAAUAUAUGAAGUUUCUGUAAAGGGCUUUAAACCCACUAAUCUGCUUUUUUUUUUUUUCCUCCCUCUCUUAAGGACCAAGGAAGAGGUACCUGAUUGUGAAAAAAAUAAGACAAAGCACCAGUGUUUCUGAUUUUUGAUGGUUAUAAUGCUGUGGCCUUAUACACUGAUAGGAACUCAAAUCUGUAACCUGGUGGUAGCACUGAAGCCAUUUCUUCAUUUAUCUACACAGGAAAAUGUCCAAGGUAAUAAAUGUUCUUUAGCCCUGACUGCA